UUUGCGAAAAGUCACAUCAGUUUAAAGAUGAUCUCAGACGUAUUAGCACUGUUUGUUGUGUCCGUGCUUCUAAUCAGCUGCACAAACGGAAGCGCAGCCAACGAAACGAAAUUCGUAUAUGUCGAUCAUGAGCAAUUGAACGAUAGCUCAUUGAUGAGAUUGAAGGACUUAAGGAACGAGGUGCAGCAGGGUGACGCAGUCACUUUCGAACUUGGCACGCCGCAAUAUCAAAUUUUAAAUCCUGAUGAGCCACCCGAAAUCAUCACUUCUGAUCAACCCGGCUACUAUGAGAGUCUUCAACGAUAUGAGAAGGCCAUGAAGAGGCAGAAAAGCGAUUUGACUAAAUCUUCCGCAGAAAAAUCAUUCAGGGAUCAGCAAGUAACGGAAAAGCAAGAGAGCCAGGCGUCGUUAAAAGAUAAGAAGAUUAAAUUUAUUAUUUUGAAUUCUAAGAAAAAGGGUAAGGCCCCUAAAAUUUUUCUUGAUGUGUCAAAAACCAAGCAGCAAAAAUACGCAACAUCAGCUGAAAUACGUGAUAAUGAUAGGCAAAUUAAAAGUAAAAAGACCAAAUAUUUCAAGGUGUCUGAAAAAUAUGGCGUACCACAAUCAACUUAUUCACUACCAUCCUACACUACAGAAAAAUCCUUACCAAUGAUGCAGGAAGCUGUGUAUGAUCGCACUACACAAUCUACCAUUCCCGGAAAUCCAAAAAAUCAAGCUAUAAGUAAGAUUCAACAACCAGCACUACAGUCGCAGCCAAUGUUCCUUCCAUAUAAAACUCAAUCCUCAGGUAUGACUUCACUACCUCCACACAGCGAUCUUGAGGCGCUUUAUGCAGCAGAGGCGAGCGCGAAUAACCCAUAUUAUGCAGACCCACCACAUAUCAGAGACUUUGAGUAUUUGUAUCGUGAGGCAUUGCAUAUGAAAUAGUUCAGAUCGAUCUCACGUAAAAAGAGCUUAAAAUCAAAAACAAAUUAUUUCCUAUUAAACGAUUAUAAACGAAGAAGAA